CCGUGGCCCAGCCCACCAUAGGAGAACAAAAAUCUACAGCUAUUCUUCGUCUUCUUCCAUCGGCCUCCUCCCCCUCUUCCUCCUCGCCCGACUGCGAUCACUGCGCCGCUCGCCUUGAUUCACCUACGUCCAUGGCCUGGCGGCUCGUGCUCUCUAAGACUGGAAGACGGUCAUCAAAUGUGAUAUACAAUGAGCUAGCGAGUACAUUUCCUUUCAGGACACCUGCAAAUGGUACUGGUGCAGGCAGUGUUCUUAAAAAGUUGCAAGAGAGGUACCGUUCAAGCUAUGUUGGUAGUUUUGCACGGAGGAUACGAGACUUGGACACACCAAGUGAUGCUUCUCUUCUUAAAGAGAUUUAUAGAAGUGAUCCAGAAAGAGUUGUACAAAUCUUUGAAAGCCAGCCUUCGUUACAUUCCAACUCUUCAGCUAUCUCUCAGUAUGUAAAGGCUCUGGUCAGUCUUGACAGGUUGGAUGACAGCCCGCUGCUUAAAACAUUACAAAGAGGAAUUGCUAAUUCAGCAAGGGAGGAAGAAAGCCGUAGUGGUAUUCCAGCAUUUCAGAAUGUUGGUCGUCUGACAAAAGAUGGUGCUCUUGGUACUGCUGGUACACCGAUUCACAUGGUUACAGCAGAAACAGGUCAAUUCAAAGAGCAGCUUUGGCGUACCUUCCGAAGCAUUGCAAUUACUUUCCUUGUAAUCUCCGGCGUUGGGGCUCUGAUUGAAGAUAGAGGAAUCAGUAAAGGCCUUAGGCUGAAUGAGGAGCUUCAGCCAAGCUUGGAUUCGAGCACAAAAUUUAGUGAUGUCAAAGGGGUUGAUGAAGCUAAAGCUGAACUUGAGGAAAUAGUUCACUACCUCCGAGAUCCCAAGCGAUUCACACGACUUGGUGGCAAACUUCCAAAAGGUGUUUUGCUUGUUGGCCCACCUGGCACAGGAAAAACUAUGCUGGCAAGGGCUAUCGCUGGGGAAGCUGGUGUUCCUUUCUUCUCCUGCAGUGGUAGUGAAUUUGAGGAGAUGUUUGUGGGUGUCGGGGCAAGAAGAGUGAGGGAUCUCUUCAGUGCAGCAAAGAAGCGAUCUCCGUGUAUAAUUUUCAUUGAUGAAAUUGAUGCGAUUGGUGGCAGCAGAAACCCAAAAGAUCAACAGUAUAUGAAGAUGACCCUGAACCAGUUGCUUGUUGAGCUAGAUGGCUUUAAGCAGAAUGAUGGGAUAAUCGUAAUUGCAGCAACUAACUUCCCUCAGUCACUAGAUAAAGCCCUUGUGAGGCCUGGACGUUUUGACCGUCAUAUCGUGGUUCCUAAUCCAGAUGUUGAGGGCCGACGGCAGAUCCUGGAGACUCAUAUGUCAAAGGUCCUAAAAGCUGAUGAUGUGGAUCUGAUGACCAUUGCCAGGGGAACACCGGGAUUCUCAGGUGCAGACCUCGCAAAUUUGGUGAACGUAGCUGCUCUCAAGGCUGCUAUGGAUGGGGCAAAAGCUGUUUCAAUGAAUGACCUUGAGUUUGCCAAGGACAGGAUCAUGAUGGGCAGCGAGCGCAAAUCAGCAGUGAUAAGUGACGAAAACAGGAAAAUGACUGCAUAUCAUGAGGGAGGGCAUGCCCUUGUUGCUAUGCACACAGACGGUGCUCACCCGGUCCACAAGGCUACCAUUGUUCCGAGGGGAAUCGCUCUGGGCAUGGUUACACAAUUGCCAGAGAAAGAUGAGCAUAGUGUUUCAAGGAAGCAGAUGCUGGCAAAACUGGAUGUCUGCAUGGGAGGGCGUGUGGCCGAGGAGCUUAUAUUUGGUGAAAGUGAGGUAACAUCUGGCGCCUCAUCCGAUCUUAGUCAAGCGACUCGACUGGCGAAAGCCAUGGUCACCAAAUAUGGUAUGAGUGGGCGGGUCGGUCUUGUUUCCUACGACUACGAUGAUGAUGGGAAGACCAUGAGCACACAAACAAGAGGCCUGGUUGAGCAGGAGGUAAAGGAACUUUUGGAUAAGGCUUACAAUAACGCGAAGGCAAUUCUCACGACUCGCAACAAGGAGCUUCAUGCGCUAGCGGACGCCCUCAUUGAGCGUGAAACUCUCACCGGUGCCCAGAUCAAGAAUCUAUUAUCACAAGUCAACAAUAGCAAUAACCAGCAGCAUGAGGCCACUGAAGUUCCACAUGCAACACCAGUUGCCCCGGCUUCACCCCAAGCUCCACCCCAGUCUCCAGCAGCAGCGACGGCGGCUGUAGCAGCAGCAGCUGCUGCAGCAGCACAACAAGCAGCAGCUGAAGCUAAGGGAGCCGCGGGCAUCGGAUCUUAGCGACACUGGACUACAACAAACAGACUGUGGAUCUUGUGAAAGAGCCAUUAGCAUGCCAUUUGACGAGACACCAAAGGAAUGAACGCGUAGCUGCUGCAGACAGACAUGGAGACAAGAGAGCUUGUGGUGAAGUGUUUCAGGGAGGCUACGUUCCACGAUUUAUAUUGGUAGGCAGCCUGGAAAAAGAUUUAUGCCAGGAUCUGCCAAAGAAUUUUUUGUACUAGUCCACAUUAAUUAGUCAUGUUAUUAUUCGACCGUAGCAAACGAUGUGUUACAUAAUGGAUUGUUUAAGCUGUAGUAGUAAUGUGUUGGUCCUUUGUCAUUAAUCUGGACGAUUCUUUUUU